CCUCGGUGUGUUAGUUUGUGUUUUUCUCGGUGGAGUGAAGUUGGAGUCGGAGCUGGAGCUGUGGGAUUGUUCUGACCCGCAUUGGAAUACUGGGACACACACACACACACACACACACACACACACCGCGCGCGGAUACACGAGGAUUUACGCGCGUGGACACGGAACACACACGGAUUCAGAUGAGGUAACACCCCUUGGUGUGCAUUCAGCAGAGGGAGAUGUGGUGUGUAAUGUUCCCCUGUCUGCUGCUGCUUCUGUCAGGGCAAACCAACGCUGUCAGUUUCCCUGAGGACUCCGUACCAUUGGACAUCGUGGACAGACAUUAUUCACGACAGUAUCCAGUUUUCCGAGGUCGGCCAUCCGGAAAUGAAUCCCAACAUCGACUGGACUUUCAGCUGAUGACCAGGAUCCAGGACACACUGUUCAUCACCGGCAGGGACCAGGUGUACUUGGUGAGUCUGAGAGAGUCGUACAGAAAUGACAUCACUCCCUACAGGAAGCUGACAUGGAGGUCGAGCCAGGCGGACCGAGAGACGUGUGCUCUGAAGGGCAAACACAGGGACGAGUGCCAUAACUUUAUUAAAGUUUUGGUUCCCAGAAAUGAUGAUCUCAUCUUUAUCUGUGGCACCAAUGGCUUCAACCCCGUUUGCCGUUACUACAGGCUGGAUAAUCUGGAGUUUGAUGGAGAGGAAAUCAGUGGUUUGGCUCGGUGUCCCUUUGAUGCUAAACAGACCAAUGUAGCGCUCUUCUCAGAUGGGAAGUUGUACUCAGCUACAGUAGCUGAUUUCCUGGCGAGUGAUGCAGUGAUAUAUCGCAGUUUGGGAGACGGCUUUGCUCUGAGGACCAUCAAAUAUGACUCCAAAUGGCUGAAGGAGCCCCACUUUCUGCAUGCAGUGGAUUAUGGGAACUAUGUUUACUUUUUCUUCAGAGAGAUUGCAGCAGAACACAAUAACCUGGGGAGGACAGUGUACUCCCGUGUGGCUCGGGUGUGUAAGAACGAUGUGGGCGGUUCUCAGCGUGUUCUGGAGAAACACUGGACAUCGUUUGUGAAAGCGAGACUGAACUGUUCCGUACCCGGAGAAUCCUUCUUUUACUUCGACGUUCUUCAGUCACUCACUGACAUUAUUAACAUCAACGGGGUUCCAUCUGUGGUGGGCGUGUUCACUACUCAGCUCAACAGUAUUCCAGGCUCAGCAGUGUGUGCGUUCUCCAUGCCGGAUAUAGAGAAGGUGUUUGAGGGACGUUUUAAAGAGCAGAAAUCUCCAGACUCUGUGUGGACUCCUGUUCCUGACGACAGAGUGCCGAGACCUCGGCCAGGAUGCUGUGCUGGUCACGGAUCAGCAGAAUCUUCUAAAAGCUCUGUCGAGCUUCCAGAUGAAACGCUGCAGUUUAUAAAGUUACACCCACUGAUGGAUGCUGCCGUGCCCUCCAUCAGAGAUGAGCCCUGGGUCACCAAGACCAGAGUCAGGUACCGGUUGACUGCUGUGGCAGUUGAUAAUGCAGCAGGUCCCUACAGGAACUACACGGUGAUGUUUAUUGGCUCAGAGGCUGGCGUGGUCCUAAAGGUUCUGGCGAAAAGCUCCGUGUUUUCGUUAAACGACAGUGUGGUGCUCGAGGAGAUCGACGUCUUUAACCAAGCCAAGUGUCUGUCUAACAGUGAGGACGACAGACAUGUUCUGUCCUUCCACAUGGACAGAGAGACACACACUCUAUACGUGGCUUUCUCCAGCUGUGUGGUGAGGAUCCCACUGAGCCGCUGUGAGAGACACCAACACUGUCACAAGUCGUGUAUUGCAUCCAGAGAUCCCUACUGUGGUUGGAUGUCACAUGGAGCUUGUGAGAGAAUUCCAGCAGGAGUGGACAGUGGGUUUGAGCAGGAUGUGGAGUUCGGGGAUACGGGGCAUCUUGGUGACUGUCACGAGUUUAUGACUACCGCUUCAGCGCCAGGUUUCAAAUCAUAUGGCGACGCAACUGCUGUGGAACAGGAAAAGCCGAUGCUGUCAGUCACGCUGUCCUCCGCUUCAGAACCUAAACAUUCCCCACACACUCCUCCCUCUCUUCCUCCUCAACUCCUCGACACGCAGAAAUCUGUUCUCCGUGACGAUUCGGAAACUUCCAGAACAUUUGAAUCGGUGAUGGAGGGGAUUUGGGAGAUCCAGUCGGCUGAAUCUAACCAGUUGGUGCACAUGAACAUCCUGAUUGCGUGCGUCCUCGCUGCCUUCCUCUUGGGGGCGUUCAUCGCUGGUGCUGUGGUCUACUGCUACCGAGACAUCUUCCUGCACAAGAAGACACGCAAAAUCCACAAAGUGUCACAUAGUAAAGAUGAGGAAUCCACAGUGUCACGCACAGACUCCACCGGGAGCUUCACCAAGCUGGAUGGCCUCUUCGAAAGUCCGGUAAAGGAAUUUCCCAGCGCCAUUGAGGAGGCAAGGAUCUACUUCAGUGGAGACAAAGAAGAAAAAAGCCCAGAAUCCAAAUCCGUCAGCAGGCAAAAUCC